AUGGCGGAUUUGGCUACCCUGGAGCAGUGGAGCGACGGUUUAAGUGAAGCGGUGACCCACACACCCAAGUCUAUCUGGGCGUCCACCUCCUGCAAUGGUAAGUCAUGUAGGCGGUAAAACCUGCGGCUCGGAGAUCUGCUCCCAUCGACUAGCAGAAUGUUGCACUUAGUCACAUUUAACGGUAAAAGCCAGUCCUACGACCAUUUCUCGAGCCGGUUUAGGUUUGCCUGCAAGCACUAUUUGUCAAAUUCAUUUCGGAUUAGAUCCAAAGCUUAACAUCAUCAGCGAACAUGGCGACAUCACAAUUCAAUUCAUUGGCGCAAUCGCUGACGUACAUAAUGGACAGGGUAGGGCCAAGGAUGGAGUCUUGAGGAACACCACUUUCAACCACUACCUCCGUCGACUGCCCCUCACCGGCGUGGGAAAUUUGAGAGUGACCGAUCAAGAAGCCUUGGAUCCACCUCAGAAGAUUGCCCCCAAUGCCUGUUCGGCUUAAUUUGUACAGGAGACGCUGAUGUGGUACACUACCGAAUACUUUCUUAAAAUCGACAUAGACUGCGUGAACUGCAUUGUCGCUAUUAACGGCCCGGGUCCAGCGUUCUAAACAACAAAUUACGUUUGUCACGUAUGAUCUGCCUUUACGUAAUCCGUGCUGGGCAUCGCAUAGCAGAUUAUGCUGUUCUAGGAAAGUCAUUAUUUCCCACUUUAUUAUGUUUUCCAUAACUUUGCAGCAAAAUUAAGUAAGGCUGAUGGAUCCGUAAUUGUUUACCAAGACUUUGCUGAAGUCUUUAUAAUGUGGCGUGAUCGGUGAAUAUUUCCAACCGAUGGGAGAAUAGCCUGAUUCGAACGAAGCUUGGAAGAGCGUGAACAGCGGUUUAGAUAGUUCCCCAGCGAGCUCCUUCAAUAAUUUGGGCGGUGUGUCAUCCGGCCCAGGUGAUUAGGACUCAUUCAGCGCCAACAGUUCUUUGCGAACAAUAGUUUUGGCGAAACAGACAGCCUCAGUCGUUGGCCCAUUUACAGUUUCAGUAGGCUGACUUUCCAGGAGAUACUGUCGUGAGGGUAAACUUAUCCGUCGCCUUGCUGAUGCUAUGUGCAUUACUGCACAUUUAUGACGUUAAGUUUCUCGUUCCAUACACGCAAAUUCUCUACGUCCUCUUGUAGAAUGAGGGCGUCUUUUUCAUCUUUUACCACUCUCGACAGUUUAAGAUCGCCUGAAAAGAGCGCUAUGUCCGACUUAACUUCCGGUACUAUGUCGUCUACGCAGAUAACAAAUAGUAGCGGCCCAAGAACUGACGCUUAAGGGACUCCAGUUGUUAAAACUAGAUAAUGAAUGGGAGCGGUCCAAGAACAUACCCCUGUGGGACUCCACUUUUAACAAGUACCCAUUCUGAACGGUAUCCACCAGCAGUAACUUUGUUUGCGAUCGCUCACGAAAUCUUGAAUCUGGUUCAGGAGCUUUCCUUUUAUCCCUACGUCUGACAACUUUUGAAUGAGGCGCUUAUGUGAAACGCAAUCAAACGUCUCGCUGAAGUCAAAAUAAAUGAUAUCUACUGGAUCACCUUUAUCUGUAACCUCUGACCAAUAUUUGAGCGAAGUAAUCAGGUUUGUGAGGUAGAAGCUCUUUUUACAGAUACCAUGUUGUAUUGAGCGAUGUAAUUAAUUUUUUAACCAUCCUUUCCAACAGCUUAGAGAAAAUUCAUGCCAGGCUAACCGGCUGGUAGUUGGUGGGAUAUAGCUUUGAUCCUUUCUUAUGGAUGGGUACGACAUUUAUCAUCUUGCAUAUAUUAGAAAUUUUACCAGCUUUAGGCGAUUUUCAAAAGAAAGUGCGCGGUGGUUCGGCUAAUUCUUCGGCCGGUUGACGUAUAAGAACACCUGAGAUUGCAUCCGGUCUAGUUAGCUGAGAGUUUGCGGUGUCCGGAGGGCUACCAAGUAUCAUCUAACCCUCCUAUGCGUUCUCUCUAUUUACGCCAGCAAUCCAGACCCCGCGAGGCGAGCCAAAAACGCAACAGCCGCAAUAAACGUGAGACGCAAGGAUUUAAGGCCUCUCAUGCAUCACAAUGUGGGUUUCAUCCAAACAGAGGGGCACGAAGGGGGCUAGAGUCAUCGGCGUUCGCUUGGUACGGGAGCAGUGGUUGCGAAUGAAGCUCAGUUGGACAGUCAAGUGUGAUCCUGCAUAAGGUGUUCGAUCAUUGGUUGAAGGUUUGCAGCAAACAUUCGGCGAUCUAAUGGCGGAAAAGCUAUUGGGGAUGAGGAAAGUCGAAAAUCGCUUUUGUGCAGGAGUCCCGCGUUAUGUGAAGUAAAAUGCCAAGGCGGGAGGUAUCUAUGGAAGCAUAUGAAAGGAAGCUAGGUGUCUCCAGAGCAUAAUUGAAAAACAUGGAGAAAUUGACCCAAGUCGGAUAAGGAAAUAUUGGGUACCGUGGGGGAUUACGAUAAGGUCCUCGGAAAUGUUCUAGACGUUAGUGUUCCACGUCACAUUUGUCUACGGCCAACUACUGACGGUGUACACAGGCAACUGCGAAGUCAAACCACUGAGUCUUUUUCAGACUUCGGCUAACCUAUGUUGGUUAACUGACUACUCGGCAGGCGGGAGAAGGCCAGUACACGUGAAGCAGCCUUAUCAGCAUUAGUGGAAGGGAUGUUAACUGCCGAUGCGCGGAUCUCACGUGGGUAACAUUUGUCGUUCACCAUCGAACUCGGUUCGAGAUAGGUUUGCGAGUUUUCCUUCAAGUCAGCCUGGUCGGAUAUUAUGCAGGUGUAUCAACUUGUUUUAUGUGUUCGUUUAUGCUGACAUCAAGACAAGGACGAAAAUUUUUCAUUGACGACAGAGAGCCUUAGUUGUUACCCCUUAAGGCACUAAAGAGGGAUCCUGUCAGCGCGUUCCUAUGUUCAACCGAUAUCUGUCACGCCUAGAAGUUCCAUGUGGAAGAAUAUAAAACUCCAGGAGGGUAUGAUAUAUAAUAUGAUAAUGGCACUCAAUGAUCGCAGAAAAAAAAUGCCUAAAGAUAUGAACAACUAAACAUCUGUUUUACUAACAGUCUCAACAAUAUCUCACUUACUAUUAUUAAUAAAAAUAAAGACAGCUCUAUCUAACCAAAGUAGGAUAAAAUAAGAUCUCCCUUUGUAUCGUUUUCAUUAAAUCCUUCUGGUUACCCCGAAUAAUCUUGGAAGCCUAAGGCUUUAAGUGAAAAGAAGUAUUUUUGGUCAGUGAGAAAGAACAAAUGCCGCUGGCAUUUUGUAGGCUAAGUUGAUGUUCCAGCAUCGAUCCUUAUCAGGACAGGAUGAACAGAAUGUCCCUAGCACAAUUUUUUGAAUGAGACAAUAUGUUAAGAAACAGGUGGAAAGUGGGCGACGACUGUCCACCAAGACUGUCUCGAGCGGUAAACGUGGGACAGGGCUAUUUUGUCCAGAAAACCCAGGCCCCAAAACGAUCACUAGGUUUGUUGUAUCAGAUUUCUCUCCAAACGAAUGAUUGCAGUACCACGAGUCAGUGAUAUAAGUGAAACUAAAAGAUGGCGCGAAAAACUAGCAUAUCUUUCAGGAGAAAUAUAACACAGAAACAGCAGAGAGCAGUCAGAGUAGAGAUGUGAAAAGUUCAAAUAUAAUUGGAGUAACUACUGUUGAAUAGUUCUAAUUAUAAUUCUUGUGGUGGAGGACACUCACCAAUUGUUCUUACGACAAUCACUCGUUCCGAUGUGCCUUAGGGGCUCUCUCUUGAGCCCAACCAACAGCCACACAGCGCCGCAUGACUUAGGGAGAGUUUUUUGUCGAUAAAGACAAGGGAGACUGGAAUGGCCAUUUCGACUUAUUGGUCGUCGUCGGUAAUAAAAUUUUAUCUAUACCAUAGCUUUAUACCACCGUAUAUUCCCGAUCGAAACCGACAGGACAACGAGCCCGUGGCUCAGUGAUUAGAGGCGUUGGACUUCUAACCAGCAGCUCGCGAGUUCGAACCCUAGGUGUUUCACACUUCGGAGUUGGGUAUGACUGGCUCACGACGGCUAAUAAACCAGAAAUGGCCAUUUCAGUCUCCCUUGUCAUUGUCGUAAUAAAAUUCUGCCUAUAAUUCUUCUAUGUUCGAUAGAGAACAAAGGAGAGAUCUCUAGUCGACUGAACCUUACUGUUGAGGGAUUUAAACGUACCAAAUUUUAAUUGGAGUAUUGCUGAGCUAGUCUUCGAGGUUUUGUUUUAGCCACCAUCUUCUAAGGAUGGAAAAUAAAUCUCGCUCUACACAGCAUGUUCUGGUUCUAUUAACAGAACAGGGGACGCCAGUCUAGUUGUUGGACUUUAUAUUCACAAAUCAUCUUGACAGUUUAACGAGUUGUGUUACCAGAGUCCGAUAGCUCAUAGGAUGACGCAGUACUUUGACGAGAGUUCUCCCUACAUGCUGUACCAUAAUGUACUAAACUAAACAAUGCUACUCUUUUAUCAGCAGAACAUUCCCCUAGUCAGCAAAGCGGUAUUGCCUAUGGACAGCAAUGCUACCUUCUCGGAGUUGUUCAAGCAAUAUUUACUGCAUCACGUUAACAGCCACCUCAUUGACGAACGCCAGACCUGAAAAUUAAGUCAACGAAAACGAGAAGCCUAGAAGAGUUUCUGCGUAAUCUUGGAGGUAAUAAUCGCAGCCUUUAAAGUAAGUGCCCCUUUAUUACCGUAGGGAAAUGUGUGGUUUUCCGUACGCGGAAAAUAUACGGCUUGUAGUUUGAAACCCUGAAUCCAGGUGUGACGGCAAAGCAGGUUCAAAAUUAUUCGGGAAUUGGAAAACGUUUUUGAAACCGAAUUAUAUCUUUCCUUCGAGUAUAAAAUUAGUAGAAGACGUAAUUGUCUACCGAAUGAGCGGAAGAAUGAAUAUUUCUAUGCAUGUUUUCCAUGCAAUAUAAUUGGACAUUUAGGGGCAUCGAAAAUAAGUGAGAAAAUUCGUGCCACUAAAGUAGUCAUUUUUUGCAGAGUGUAGUUUUUGCAUGCAGCCGAAAGGAAGUACACUCUAAAGCCGGCAUCCUGAGGUAACAGAAACAUUAUAGCAUUUUGUUGCAGGCUGACUAGUUUUACAACCAUACGUAAUCAGUUUUUUCGAAACGAAAACACAUUUCAGAAUUUCGGUUGACAUUUCGUAAGUAAGCCCACCUACUGUAUAUGCCACAUACUCCUGGCCACAUAAAAUGGACGAUAUCUACCGUGCACUCCACGGCUAGUGAGGGCUGGCAUGGUAACUUGUGCUGGAGGUAGUUUAUAGUGGUAGUAUUUCUGCACAGUGUCUAGCGCAUUCCCUCUUCUCCACCUGGGUCCGUUGUCAAGACAGAAACAAGAAGACCGGAGGUGAGAGAGACGCAGGUGGACUGUACGAAUAAUCCCGGACCUGGACGUACCACGGCACACUCUGGUCCCUAACAAGUACCUGACCAGGAUUUUAAUAAACAACAACAGCACCACAACGGGUUAAAUGAUGAGGAUGACUGAGCAGCGAUGAUCACGACCUGCAUACACAGAGAGAGCGCAGGCGCAUCUACCAGGAGAGAACUAGGUGUCAGAGAACUGCCAGCGGAAACCAGGCUGCGAGGACCAUGGUUUGCUGAUCCAAGCAUAGCAGACGCUUACAGAUCUUAAGGCCGAUCGUUUGUCGUGACCAACUUAAUCCAUACAUACCUGGGGGAUCAUCAUGCUGUUGACGAACUGUAAGGAUGAACAAUUACAUAUUAAACUUGCCCGUGAUAACAGAUUAGAGCAGAAGAAUAAAUGUAUGUAUUUUGUAUUCUGCGAUGAUAAAAAGCUAGUGAAACCUGUGCCCCGAUAAACGAAUCUAGUUGGCGUGAAGGCGUUUGAUAGAUAUACAGUAGGUGGACUAACUCAUGAAAUGUCAACCGAAAUUCCGAAAUGUGUUUUCGUUUCGAAAAGACUAAUUAAGUAGGGUUGUAAAACUAAUCACUCUGCAGUAUAAUUCCAUAAUAAUUCAGUUGCCUCAGGAUGCCGGCUUUCGAACGAAUUUCCAUCCGGCUGCAUGCGAAAACUAUACUCUGUAAAAAAUGACUGCUGAAUAAACAUGCAUUUUUCAAAUUGUUUUGCGAUGCCCCUAGAAGUCCAAUUAUAUUUUAUGGAAAACAUGAAUAAUAAUAUUCAUUCUUCGGCCCACUUAAUAGACAAUUACGUUUUCUUCCAAUUUUAUACUCGAAGGAAUGGUAUUAUUCGCUUUUCAAAAGAUUUCUGAUUCCAGAAUUAUUAUGCACCCGCUCAGCUGUCACACCUGCAUUCAGGGUUUCCAAACUACAAGCCAUGUAUUUUCCGCGCACGGAAAACCACACAUUGCUCUACGGUAUUAGGAGGAGAUCAUAUAGUGUUCAUAGAAUUCAGCAUUGGGUUUGAUUUAUAUUGUUAACUUAACAAUCCACGUUGGUAAAUGCGGAGACCUGACUUUUUAUGAAUGGCCAUUUCACGGUAUUUAAAAAUCGCGGAAUUAGAAACUUUUUUAAAACUGAAUAAUUUCCCUCCUUCGGGUAAAAAAUUGAAAGAAGACGUAAUUAUCUAACGCAUGAGCGAAAGAAUAAAUAUUUUUAUUCAUGCUUUCCAUGAAAUAUAAUUGGACUUCUAGGGGCAUCGAAAAUCAAUUAGAAAAAUGCAUGCUAAUUAAGUGGUCGUUUUUUACAGAGUAUGGUUUUUGCAUGCAGCCGGAAGGAAGUUCGUAAGAAAGCCGGCGUCUUGAGGUAACUGAAUUAUUAUAGAAUUAUACUGCAGACUAAUUAGUUUUACAAUCCUACUUUAUUAAUCUUUUCGAAACGAAAACGCAUUUCGGAAUUUCGGUUGGCAUUUCUUGAAUUAUCACACCAACUGUAGUAUUUCGUUUAUGUAGUCGGCUUCUGGAGAACUGAAAUCGAAAUAUAAUUCGAGCGCCGUCUUAGAACGUCGACAUCCAACUGAGAAUUCUGAUAGCCUCCUUAGAAAGUUGGGUAAUUGCGGGCGAGUGAAUGAAAACUUAUCACCCCAAGCUCCCACAGUCUCGAAGUCAGGCGUCAUGCAGUCCCCAUAGACAGUAUGCGAACUAUCAGCAGAGGCCAUUUUUGAACGCUUUUAAAACUGCCUAUUUUGUGGAUAUGACUAAAAAUCUGUAUGCAACAUUAUACAAUAAGUCAGAAAAUGUAUGAUGGGUCCUAUUUUUGAGAUAUUUUGGAAUACUCGAGGGCUAAACACAUAAAGGCAGAUGAAGUGGAUUCCAAAGUGCGCAGUGUCACGGUCUAAUUUAUUGCGACCUGAAGACAGUGAGAUAAGGCGAUGUACAAUCUAUCGGUGCUAUUCAACUGUUCAAUACUGCGGCUAGUUGACUUAUCGAAAAUCUCGAAGUAUCUGGGAUAGAUUUUUGAGGCUGAAAACUCAAACAGCCGACAACUGUCCAUUCAAUAGAUCGGUCAGUAGGGGUAGGGUAUGUAACCUCUCUCCCCGUAUGGUUGCCCAAAAGCCUACCUUCUUAUCUUACUUGGUUAGUUGUGUUUCAUGACGGUAUGUCUGGCAGUAGGUCGCGAAUGGGGUCAUGCAGGAAGCUGAUUUUGACCUCCAAUAUCGUUAUCGACAUUGACGUUGUCCGUUUUAAGCUCAAGAUUAGGUCUUGGGCAGCGGUUGGAAAUGGUGUUAAUUGGAUUAUCCUUGGGACAGGGGUUGCCAGCCAUGGGCUUGGAUUUAGGGUUAAGACUAGGGUUAGGGUUUUAGGGCUUGGCCUACGAUUACGGCUACGUCCGAGUUUUCCUCAAAUAAUUACGGGUAAGACGUUUGCCAUUGACGGCACGGGCAUGGUUGGCGUUAGGUUUGUGUCUCACUAAGUCUCCCCAAGGGGUUACGUACCAUAAUCUUGCCAAUAGAUCAAUCUGCAGGUAACAAAUGGAGAGUAGUUAUAAUAAAGAGAGAAAGAAUUUGUAAAUUUUCCAUUGGCCCUCAGCUAUACUCGCAUAGAUAAAAAGAUUUAGGGCAGACAGCUGACAUAGAUGAAGCCAAGAAAUGAUCGCGUUUCUAGGAGUGCGACGAAACUGUGAGUUGUCGAAAGCAACUGAUGUAACUCGACGCGAAUUCAAAACGUCUUUAUCGAAUUGGCUUGAAAAUAAUGGUUUGGACUACCGUCAGGUGGUAAGUUCGUGUGAAACAAACAGCUGAUAAACUAAUAUAAUAACGCUCGGAAUUAAACAUGUGGUCUAAAUAACCGUUCAGCCAACGCUGUAAAAUAAAAAAUCUUGCAUACCUUGUGAAGACUGGGAUGGAAUGGUCGUUAUCCUCACGAACUAUCAAAACCUGUGGGAGGCUGGAAUUUGCAAGCGUCUACAAGUAGAAGUACUAUUGGUUUCCAUAUAAGGCCACGUUGAACACCAUAGUUAUAUGUUCUGUUUCUACGUUAGUGGAGCAGAAAUUUCGAAAAAGAAUACCUACUCAUUCCUGCUUAUGUUGCUGUUCUCCGUGUUUUUUGUUGCCUCCGUGGCUUCACAAAUACUCGCUUUACAAUGAUGCCAAACAACGCAGACAUACAGUAACUGCACACGUCGAUGAGCUAGCAGUGGCUGUCCGAUUGCUGAUCGAGUGUAACACAGGCAACGAUAGCUUUGCUAACAGUCUCCCAAUGCUGUGCAAAGACGGGUAGAGCGGUCUAGCAGAUUUUCAUUUUCUGAGCUGCUGACAAAAUACCGAUGCUUCUUCACCAGUGAUACACAAUCAGUAGGUAAAUCUUGCUCAAAAUCCUCUUCUGGCGAGCAACGAUAUGGCAUAUUCAAUCGUAUUAUCUAUCAGCCAGUUAACAAAGUGCAAAUCAGGGUGUUUCUGCGUCCUGCGUCACGGUAUAGCUGAAUAGGUCAGGGUGGCUGAGAUACAUUUCUCACCGUUAACGUGAAAGCCGAUGAUUUUGUCUGCGAAGCCUAUCUUCAUCAUUUUCCCUUCAGUAGGAUUCAUUAUGGCCUCAUAUCGCUAAUGCAGUUAAAAAUACCUGCUUCUUACUUGAAAACUACUCACGAAAGACCUAACCCUCUGUUAUUAGUGUAGACUGUUCAUUUAAGAACGGGGUGAUUUGACUCCUCUUCCUCUUCCUUCUCCUCCUGCUUCUGUAAAAAGUACUUUCUUUAUUGAAAAAGUAAAGGGUGCUACUGCAUUGCAUCGUUUAACUGUAGAGUUCCAAGCAUGUCAAUCAAACAAUCGUCGUGUCCCUGAGUUUGCCGUCUCUGAGGGAACAUUUCUUUGAAGCGGUACCUGAUUGGUCUCAGUUCAUGACCCAAGUCUUGGAAAUGAAGAAGUUGAUAGUAUACACUAAUACUCAAAUACGCAACUGGGACCGAAAUCAUCAUGGGUCAGCAUCCAUGGCGUCGAGGCGGAGAGGACAGUCUGCAUUUUCGAAAAACGAAGAGACAGUUUGCUGGUCAGUUAAACCACCCAGACCUGCAGCUGAGGUAGUAGAACACGAGGUUAGGCUAGCUAGAUGCCCGGGUUUCGUUUGCAAAGUGAUAGGGAAGUCUGGUAAGAUAGCCACCGUUCUCGCUCCUACCAGAAAUUGUCCCAGUGGACAUCAUUUGGUCAGGUACCACAUUUAAAUCAUUGACUUAAUCGGUCCAAAGCGUCUUGCCAAAAUGUGGACCAUCUAAACUCCGCCGUGCACCUAAUUCUUUCGCGUAUAUUCGUUGAAAGGCAGGAAGGGCGCGAGAAAUAUCCGCUUUCUGACAAGAUAUAGUUCUACAGCGCGAAUUAUCUCUUUUAUUCAUCUCUUUGCAACAAACGACAUCUUACCUUAUGUGCACACAAUCUAUCUCUGUUCGGUUUGAGAACAUCAGUAACGCGGAAGUUCUUUUACAUUACGAGAGCAAUCACCCUAUCUCUCACAAACGGAGUGCCGUUAACAGCCUCCUUAACCGGGCAAGAACUCACUGCCCUGACAACGAAACACAUCCAACAGAACUAAAUUAUUUGUUCAGACUCUUUUUCCAGAAUGGGUAUCCUAGGCAGUUUGUACACCGAUGCAUAAGACGACAUGAUUUGAAAGAAAAAGAGAAGGAACUAGAUUGUUCCGAUCAGGCGUCCAAACCAAAAAACUGGCAAACUGUUCCGCACAUUAAGAAUGUGUCCGAACUAUUGAAAGACACCUGAGGAAGCACCGAAUACAUGUGGCGCACAAGCCGACGACUACAUUUCGUAACCAGCUUGUACAACCUAAGGAUAUUUAGAUAAGAAGGAAGUCGUCUAUAAGACAACAUGCAAAACCUAUAAUGCAGUUUACUGUGAUCAAACUGGGAAAUCAGCCUCUACGCGAAUACACGAACAUCGGUUGGCCGUAAAAAGGCGCGAACACUUGUCCCAAGUCGCCAUGCAUACGUUGGAAACGGGAUACAAAUUCGCCUGGGACAGGACUCUAGGUGUCCGCUCAUCUAAAAAAGGCCGAGAAUAUUUAGAAGCCAUCCAUUCUGAUAACGCGUGCAUCAGUCUACACGUAGAAUUGGAUGCUGUGUAUAACAACCUCAAGGAAAAGCAGAAGACGCGUCGGACAAUCAGAACAUUACGCCAGCAGGAGUGACAGGGCAAAAUAGAUUUUUUAGGCAUGUUCAAUUGCUAACUGUAUUGCACACUUACUUCACGUCUCAGGACGACUUGGGGAACAAAGGUCGAAAAUUCACAGUAAAACUUGUUUACCUUUCCCAAAUAGCGGAUUUAUUUCAAAUAUAUAUAUAUGCAGAAUGUUAUUACUGACAAGGAAAAGAGGGACUGAGAUGGCCAUUUCAAGCAUAUUAGUCGAUAUUAGCCGGUCAUGCAUGACCCCGAAAUGUGGCACAACCAGGACUCAAACUCGCGACCUGUUAGUCAAAAGUUCAACGCCUCUAAGCACUAAGCCACGGGUUCGUUCUCCUGUCGGUUUCGAUCUGGAAUAUUCAGUGGUAGAGGGGCGCUCACCGAUCGUCACCGAUCGCAUAUAUAAAUAUAUAUAUCUAAAAUAUAUCAUUCUAAGGUCUUCAAGGUUUUGUAAUCAGAGCAGCGCUGGCCUCAUUCAUACCGUUCUGUCUGACGCUACUGCAACUAAUGUUAGAGUUAUAAUUAUGAGCAAAAUUACAUAGAUGUUUCUCACAGAGAAAAGCUAACUGAGAAUAUAACGCAGAACUGUCCAGUUAGUUUGUGCCCUGUAUACAUCUGCAUAUUCUGUAAGUUUUUCAAUUUCAACCCUUCAAAGAGAGUCAGUAAACCCACUCCCUUGCUGGGUGCAGCAGGUGUUCUAACUCACGAAAUGUUAACGGAAAUUCUGAAAGGUGUUUUCGACUCGAAAAUAUUUAUUAAGCAGGGUUACAAUAUUACCCAUCAUGUCCCCUUUAGAACGAGCUUCCUUCCGGUCUUUCAAAAAACAGCACUUUAAAGGUACCAUUAUGCAUCAUUUUAUAGAAAACAUCUCCAAAAAGUCUCUUACCUACACUCGUAUGGUAUAACAUUUCCUCAUUUUCGCCUUUUUUACUGGUAAAAAAUACUUUUGGUUUUAAAAAGUUUUAUUGGGAUCUUUGAGAUCGUUAAAUGUUCAUUUAUAAAGCAUCGCAUCGGCCAAUUGAGUAGUGGUGUUUAUAAAGUAAACAAGAUGAACAACAUUAAUUGCAAACUGUUUCGAGCACCAUAUCACGUCUAUCCAAUAGCAUAUAGUAGUAUGUUAUUUUUCAAAAAAGAAGGCAUACAGCUGGUAGUUCGAAAACCGUGAAUCCAAGUGUAGCAACUGGGGUCAUGCUGCAUAGUAAUAAUAUCGCCAAAUGCAUUUUAGAAUUUUGGUUAAAAUUCCAUCCGAUAGUUUAUUUACUGCAGAACUUACUCCUGCGAGGAUUGUAAACUAAUUCAUAAAAUAGAUCAAAAUAGGGCAAAUUCCUUUUGGUCAGAGCUCGGUAUUUUGAGACCCGCGUACGAAUGUUCUUUUUUGGGAGAAUUUUUUAAAAAGCUUAACUGAACACUCCAUAUCUUUUCCAUGCGGAAUCAUCUCAUUUAUGUUGGAUGCUAAGCCAUUGCUAUAGCUGUACUCAGCUGCAUUAAACCCUAAAUUUGAGGGAAUUAAUUUUUAGAUUGCACAAGCUGCUUUUUACUGACGACGUCCUCAUAGAUGUAAUGAUUAAAUUCCACAAGCAAGAGGUAUCUCAAACAAACUCUAAGCAAGCUGUCAGAGAAUUAUGUUUGCGAGUGUAUCUCCCCCUUCUCUAAUAAACCGAUGAAUGUUUUUGCAAGACUUCCGGUAAACUAGUCCCUUUAAGUCAGAAUGUAGCUAAUUAUCAUCCAUAGGUUAAUGGAAAGGGAUUUGUCAGGCAACAAAUUUUGGUUUUUAGUUGACUAAUAUUAUGAUUAAUAUUUUCAGUUAAAUGCUAGGCAGUUUUAAGUUUCGGAAAUAUUUCAAUUUCUAUUUGAAUCGAUAGAGUAAAGUCAGCGGCCCCGAGGGUAUUUAAAGCUACGACAGCAAGGGAAAUGCUUGAGAACUGCCAGCGCUCCAAAAACCCGAUCCACGAGGUCCGACCGGAAGCCGUCAGUUCGUUCAUACUUGGUCAGUCUAUCCGCCCAGGCUUUUGCAACAUAUGGAAUCUGCCAAUUUCACCAUCGUUUACGUACUUCGGUUCGAAAGCAACGGGUGCGUGAGAAAUAUCCGCUUGCCGACAGGCGGAAGGCCUAUGGGGUAAAUUAGCUCUUUUGUCCAUCUUUCUGAAACAAAUGACGGUAGGGGUGAGUUAUGUAACCCCCUUGGGUGAUUGGUCAAAAGUCUACUCUCUUAUCUUACUUAUUUAGGUGUGCUUCACAUCCGUUAGCCGGUCGCGAAGGGGUUAUGCAGGACACAGUAUACAGCCGAUUAUUUGGAAACCCUAAAGGAAAGUGUAACGGCAGGAAUUAUGGUUGACGAUCAUUAAUAGCUCAGCUCUAUUUACGUUGUUUUUCCGAAUCAAAAACGUAUUUCAAAAUUUCGGUCAGCGUUUCACGAGACAGCACACCCAUUGCAUGACUUAUGUUUUGCGAGGAUUGUAAGCUAACUUACAAACCAGACCCUUCAGAGCAAAAUGCCAUUGAUCAGUGUACGAUAUUUUGGGACCCGAGUGAAUUACACGCGUGCGGUUGUUCUUUAUGUGUUUUGAGGGAAUUGCUUAAUGAGCUUAAUCGGAAAAUCCAUGAUUUUUUUAUUGUUCUUUUAGGGGGUCCCUCACUUACGGAGGAUACUUAGUUUUCAGGUUAGUUUUUCACAAUCGCUCUAAACCCUGAUUUUUUGCAUUGAUAGAACUGAUUAUCAUUGACGAAGUCCUUAACACAUGUCGUGAAUGAACUGAAUAAAUUCCAUAAACUAAAUAGAUCUUAACUAAACUCUAUUCAAGCUAUACGUGAGUUUGUCUAGGACUUUAUCUGUUCAUAUUUGACAAACCAAAACAUUCUACACUUCGUCCUGAAUAGAGCUUAUUCUUCUUUCUAGGUCUAGUUUGGAAGCUACGGGUUUUCAGUUUUCAAGUUUCUGAAAUAUUUAAUUUUUCAUUCGACACAUUUGUGAAAAAAAUUAAUGACGUCGGCGAGAGUAGGAUCAACUACAGCAGGGGCAGUCACUGAGUAAAGUCAACGGUUUAAACACCUGAACUAUCAAACCCCAGCGAGAGCCGUGAUUUUAAUCACAUUUGAUCCAAAUCACCCGCCCAGCCUACUGCAACGUAUAAAAUCCACCAAUUCUGAUACAUUAUGCUGACCGCCCUAGCGGGCUUUCCUAGGCAAUCAACCUAAAAUCCACCAGAUGACUAUUAGGCUCAUUUAAUAAGUACGCGUUUUGGAAGAUUCAAAUGGUCCGUUUGUCUGACCACGCUUGUCGAGUUUUCAUAAGUGGGUCAGAAGAAAUAAUUAAAUCCGCCGAAGUCACUUGCUGAUUUCCUUUUUUCGGCAUCUCUGUAUACAGAACAGGCAAUCAAAACCUUAGAGUAUCUAGACUAGCGUUAAUUCGCACUUUUCCCUGCUCACCGUUUGCAAAUUCCCGUAAAAACUUUUCGGUGGCAAAGGUACCUAACCCCCCGUUAGAAUAUAAAUACAAAUGUAAUAACCCUGAACUUUGAUGCAGACUUUCAGCUUUAUAUUUGUUAUCUGCUACUCCUAGUGCCGUUUUACCCCAAACGGCAAAAAACAGUCUGAUAAACUGUCGACUUGUUGCGUGUGAAUCCAUGCCAUGUCUGUUGGAAAAAAACUCUCCACCUAUCGCCUUUUAGUCUCACCGUUAAACUUCCCAAACGUGCCAAACGACACGCGCUAGAAAACCACGCAAAAUCCCCGUAUAUAGUUGACUGGGUUUAUUCAAAUGCACUGUAGCUAAAGUGCUAAGAAUGCAAGCGAUCAUAUCUGUCUGCUCUAUUUUCCUUUUAGGCGUAAGAGGUGAGUUAAGUACUAGUCGUUUAAUCACAGUGCCUUUAAGUACUCAGACGAUUAAUGGCGUCUUAUAGAAUUCUCUUAAACAUGCUUUUCUUGUGACUUUAAAGAAACCUCCGAUAUACAUGUAGAUGUUUAGUCGCAAUAUAUUACAUACUACAGAUGCUUUAUGCAAGUACGAAAUACAUAGACUGCUCACCUGGACAGAAUAGUAAACAGAUGACAUUCCGUGUAAUGCUCUAUCUAUAACUUGGCCGCUGCUGCAAUAGGCAGCUUUAGGAAUCUGACUAAAAUGGUUACUAAUUAUACCACCUCGAAGGUGCAUUUGAACGUAUUGAUUUACUACGCGAAAAUGAAACCCUUCGUAAGAAUGUCGUCCCCAAAAUAGCCUCCUCAACUGCUUUUAACUUAUCAGUGGAGAUUUAAGUUCUCUUUUUGGUUUUUCAAAUCCUUCCUUGAUUACUCUUUUCCCGGCUUUAGGAUCAUUUCUGUCGUCAGACGAUGAUCCACUGACCUACCCACUAUCAGACACACCAAGAAACAUCACCGUCCUUUGUCCCUUUCAACCAGAUGUAAGUCCAGAUAUAUAGUAGGAUGCCAGAUAUGUUUGCAAAUACACGUCUACACUCUAAGCUCUUAAAAACACUAACAUUAGAUUUUGGUUUCGUUUGAAGUAUUGUUUUGUAUAACCGAAAAUUGGUUCCAAACUAAAAUAUGGCGAAAUUUUGAGCGAUAAUUUUAAGUGUAUAAACUUUCAAGGCGCUCUCACGAAAAUAAUAAUGUUUUAUGCAUGCUUAGCCCUAAACCUACUAGCUCAUUAUGAAGAAUAUUUAUAAGAAUUUCGUCCACUAGUGCAUAACCGGCCAUUUAAACAGUUCUGUGCUUUAAUGCUCUGUGGGUGCGCGAAAAUAAUCGGAACAAUUAUAUAUUUGUCGUCUCAGUGGCUGCGUGCGUUCUGGAGGAGACUCUGUUCACUGCAGUUAAUACUCUUAGUAGUGACGUCAUGUUUGCUGCAAGAAGAAGAAUCGCCUACCUGAGUUUUUGCAAUUACAACAAGAAUUGCUCUCCCCCAUCUGCCCAGUUUGUCGCCGAAACGAAAGGUCGUUUCUCGGAAAAACAGUCUUGUGAGAAAAACUUGCGUUGCACGUAACAAUCUAUAUACCGGCGGCUGCUCGACGCUAAAAGUGGCAGGAUCUCACAGCACAAAAACAG